UAUGCGGGCUUGGUCGCAUAGAAACCGGGUUACGGACUGGAUUUUCGGUCCUCAGAAUCAGACAGUGCGCCAAUGCGGUCUCCCCUUUCCUCCCUGGUCGGAGAGAUUCUGAUUCCAUUCUUCAUUGCAAAUAUAGAGCAGGUCGACGAUGUCACUGCAUUAUCCUCCUUUCUCUCUCUCUUCUUCUUCUCCUUAUCUUCCUCCCAACCUGUUUCUCAUAUCUCCAUCCUCAAUCACAACUACUUCUUCACCCUCCAUUAGAGUUUCACUCUCAUCACCAUCACCAUCACCAUCUUCUUCUUCGUCCUCUUUCAAACCCAAACCACCCCAUUUAAGGUCCAAGAAAUGUAUUCUCUCUCCUUCCCCCUCUUCUUCAAUGGCUGCAAGGGACAUGGUCAUAGACUUCGGAAAAUACAAGGGGACGAUGCUGGGUACCCUCCCUUCGAAGUACUUGCGGUGGCUCUGCAAAAAUUUAAGGGCUGGGGACUAUUUGGAGUGGGCAAAGAGAGCAGAUGAGGUCCUUGAAGACCCUGUUUAUUUAGAUCGAAUUGAAUGGGAGCAAGCUGAUGCUCUCCUUACUGGUAAUAGCAACAUUCGUGUUGAAUAUCCAAUCUCUCAUCGCUUGCUUGAGCUUAGCCAGAGGUUUGAGUGGGACAAUGAUAAUGCAGAUGGUUGGAAACGGAUUGAUUUUUCUCUCUUGGGCACCUCAAAGGGGGCGAGAAUCCCUCGAAUUAGGGAUCGAAAGGGCUUUUCUUCCCAUAAUACAAUGUUACGGAGACAGAGCAAUGUGGGUUCUGCUCAAAUGAUGGAUAGAGAGGUUUUUCCUUUGAAGAACAAUUUGGGAUCUGCUCAUAUGAGAGAUGGAGAGGUUUUCUCUUCUAAGAGAGAUGAGGGUUUUACACAAACUAGAAAUAUAGAGGUUUUCUCUUCUAAAAAAAAUAAGGGUUCUUCUCAUAUUGGGUCUAGGGUACCUCAUGGAGCAGAUGGUGAAGAGAGUGGUCUUCGUGAGGAGCUAUUGAGGCGGAGGCGUGAAGGUAGGAGAGGGAGGCAGAGGUUCAGGAAUGAAGAGCUCAGAGCCAGUGGGGAUGGACUGGAAGAGAAGUCGGCUUUGGGUGGUGUAUUUAAUCCUUUUCCUGGACGUGAGUCUCUUCUUAUGAAGAUGAAUAUUAUUCCACCAUGAGAGUAACGCUUUUACUGGUUGGGCUUCUUUAUUAUGCAUUAUUGGAACUGGUACUUAUAUAGUUUUGUAAGUUUUAUUGAUGGGUAGAAGUUGAGGACUCUCUCUGUAACCAGAGGUUCUAUCCCACCCUAAUGAAUGCCUCUAGAGGUUUAAAAGUUGAUUGCUUGUGAUUGUAGCAGGUAUAAUCGUCAGCCAUAUUAAUCUUUGACCCUCCUGAGCUUUUUCAUUGAACAAACAUAUUGAACUUGCGGAAGUCAGAACAUUUUAUUAGAAA